AUGCCUCCAGCUAAGAAACAGAAGAACUCGCGCAAUUCUGGCGUCUCCACGCAAGAUGCCCACAGCGACAGCUCAGACUCCGCCUUUGAAUCUGUGCGCUCGCGCAAAAACAAUAAGCGCAAGAGCACGAAAAGUGCGAGCGACAAAAGCCAGAAAGCGAGCAAGUCUGGGAACCCUGAACCUUCACCAUACGACUAUGUUUGCAUCCACCGCCCUUACUUUGACAUCAAGGGUGAGAAUUGGCUCACAUGGUCAACCAAUCCGUCAGCCCACAUUAAAGAAGAAGAACUCUUUGAGAAAGUGUACAUACCCAACGCCGAACGGGAAAAGAAAGAGAAGAUCGCUGGAUAUCCACCUGAGAAACAUCCAGAACACAAGUGGGUGAUUAUGUGGGAGGCAUGGCACAGGCAAGACCUGGGGGGCCUAAAAGCAAAGUACUGUAAUCCCGACAAUUUCGGCAUGUACAUUUACAACGACUGGACAAACUGGGGUAUGCUUGAAAUUGCAGAGAACAUGAUGAUAGAGUUCAACAAGGCCUAUAUGUCAAAGGCCCCCACACGCCUCGAAGACAUGUGGGUCGUCAUUAGUGCCAUGGGGUUAUGGCUCAAUGAAAAUGACCAUAUCAGCGAGCUCAUCAGUGGUGAAGGCGACGAUGUACUGAUGAUCAUUGGCCUUAUUGGCCGUGCAUUACUCACAACUCUGGCGGCUGUAGAGAAGGCAGGUGAACUUAAACCAGACUCUCGUUUUUUCGACUUGACACUCGUCAUCGCUUAUUACUUGGAAAUAUCAUACGAUCUCCCUGCCUACGGUGUUGAGGGUGACUGCGUAGCCUGGCGCAAGCACGCCGUAAACUACUUUGAGAAGGGCCAUCUGGAUCCGGCCAAGGGCCUCUCCACAACAAAAUCACAUAUUGAGAAAUUGAAGAAGGUGAACAACUACAACGAAGACCACGAUGCGCCAAAUUCUGUAGCCGAUCUUCCUGACAUAUGUGGUGACAUUCCCAUGUUGAAAUUACUUCGGGAAGAAGACGACGAAAAGGAAAAUGAAAGUCCAGAAACUUGGGACAAGAAAUCUGGAUCGCCGAAUGGCAAGAACAGUAAAGGUAAAAAUGCGAAGAAAGAGGAUGAUGUAUGGAAUUGGGUCAAGAUUUUCAAAGCAUAUAAGAAGGAACGAGGCCCAGUGAUGGGUGGGGAGAAAUAUGAUAUCACCAAGAUGACUCGAGCUGAACGAGCGGAGUCGGCAUUUGAUCAGAGAGAUCCCCUCGUAGAUUUCCCGGUUAAAGAUCUGAAAAAGAAUCUUGUGGAUUUCGGGCCAUAG